UCCUGCCGCCUCUCCCCGCCCGCCGCCAGGGGGCGCCACAGGCUGCCUGGCGGUCUGCUUGCGGCCUGGGAGCGCCGGCACUGGCGAGCGGCGGACCCCUCCUGGCGGCCAUGGACCGGUUCUUGUGGACCAGUGGCCUCCUGGAGAUCAACGAGACCCUGGUGAUCCAGCAGCGCGGGGUGCGCAUCUACGAUGGUGAGGAGAAGAUGAAAUUUGACACUGGGACCCUCCUUCUUAGUACACACCGACUGAUUUGGAGAGAUCAGAAAAACCAUGAAUGCUGCAUGGCCAUUCCUCUUUCUCAAAUUGUGUUCAUUGAAGAACAGGCGGCUGGAAUUGGGAAAAGUGCCAAAAUAGUGGUUCAUCUUCACCCAGCUCCUCCUAACAAAGAACCUGGUCCAUUCCAGAGUAGUAAGAAUUCCUACAUCAAACUCUCCUUCAGAGAACAUGGCCAGAUUGAGUUUUACAGGCGUCUAUCAGAGGAAAUGACACAGAGAAGAUGGGAGACUAUGCCGGUUUCCCAGUCAUUACAAACAAAUAGAAGACCCCAGUCAGGAAGAAUAAGGGCUGUAGGAAUUGUAGGUAUUGAAAGAAAACUGGAAGAAAAAAGAAAAGAAACUGACAAGAACAUUUCUGAGGCCUUUGAAGACCUCAGCAAGCUCAUGAUCAAGGCUAAGGAAAUGGUGGAGUUAUCAAAGUCAAUUGCUAAUAAAAUUAAAGAGAAACAAGGUGACAUCACAGAAGAUGAGACAAUCAGGUUUAAAUCCUACUUGCUGAGCAUGGGAAUUGCUAACCCAGUUACCAGGGAAACCUAUGGCUCAGGCACACAGUACCACAUGCAGCUGGCCAAGCAGCUGGUUGGAAUACUGCAGGUGCCUUUAGAGGAACGAGGGGGAAUAAUGUCACUUACGGAGGUGUACUGUUUAGUAAACCGUGCUCGAGGAAUGGAGUUGCUCUCACCAGAAGAUUUAGUGAAUGCAUGCAAGAUGCUGGAUGCGCUGAAAUUACCUCUCAGGCUCCGAGUCUUUGACAGUGGUGUCAUGGUGAUUGAGCUUCAGUCCCACAAGGAAGAGGAAAUGUUGGCCUCGGCCCUAGAGACGGUUUCAGAAAAAGGAUCCUUAACAUCAGAAGAGUUUGCCAAGCUUGUGGGAAUGUCUGUCCUUCUUGCCAAAGAAAGGUUGCUUCUUGCAGAGAAGAUGGGCCAUCUUUGCCGAGAUGACUCAGUGGAAGGCUUGCGGUUUUAUCCAAAUUUAUUUAUGACACAGAGCUAAGAGUUUUGUAUUUGGAAUACUUUUUGUCCAUAUACUUACAUCAUGUAGAGGUUGUAGGACAUUGAGCUAAGAGAUGGACCCUGAUACACUGAGAAUUUACUGGAAUUUUGCCAUAUAAUAUAAAACUUUUAAUUUAAUCCUAAAUAUUAUGGUCCAGGAAGCUCAUUUAGGAUAAAUAUAGAAAAACACAGAAAAAUGAAUGCCAGUGUGAAUUUAAAAUCAUAUUGUUUAAAACCCAUGUUUAACUUGAAAUAUGGUGGAUUUCUAACCAUUUUCAAAGAAGGGAAUUUAGUUCAUGGGGGAAGAAAAAGAGAAGCUGCAUGUUUGGACAGGUUACAUAAUUAUUCUGGUGUGACUAAAAUUCCAUGAAUUAUAAAUGAAGUUUUUCUCUGUGUCUAGUGUUCCCACUUGGGGGUCUUCAUGAAGCAGGUCCUGUCGACAGUGCAGUUUUAAGAACACUGGAACAAAAUGUCAAACUUGAUAAUGUGGCAGCAGGCUCCUCCUAAGGGCUUUAGAAGCAGUCACAGGCAUGUCUUCAGACCAAAUAAAGCACCAUUUAAGAGGGAGACUUUUAUUUGAUUUGUGUGUGUAUAAUAUGACAUUUCUUUUUUUUUUAAAGAGGUGAUUUCAUGGUUGGCAUUUAAAGAAUGCAGCUAUGUCAUUUUGUUUCGAAAAUGCUGUGGGCUUUGAACCUGAAUUAAAGAGCUGUGUAGACAUGCCCAGAGAUAGGAUUACAAAUUUGGGAGAUAGACUGCCCAGGCAUUCGCUAAGAUUAUUGUGUAGGUGGAGGGGCGGAGGAACCUAGUGCUGUUUAACCUGGAAGCUGAGGAUGAGAAAGUAGAAAGUAGAAAAGUUUCAUAUGUCUCCUUUUUCUUCUUAAAGGAGUUUCACUACUGAACUUUUAAAAAUCUUUCAUAUGCCAACAAUAUUUUUCUUUUAUUCUUUGUCUUGCAUGUUGUAAACUGUGUAGAGAAGCUAUGUUGACAAAAAGUAUUGCAGAGGUAACAAAAACUGGCUGAUACUGAAUUUAGGUGGCCUGAGUUUACAUUACCUGAAACUCAGGGACCCCCUUAGGACAGAAGGCAGGCCUCCUUUCUGAGACUGAGUUGGAAGUGGAAGCGUAGUGAUGGCUUAGUUCUGUCCAAACCUCCAGAAAGGUAGCAUGCGUAGUUAUGCAAUAUGGAUAGUACUUGUAUUGAGAGAACCACUGGGACUAGGAAGAGAGACACCCAGGUUCACACUCUCGAAUUCCUAAGUGAGGUGGAGGGCCACCACCAGAGGCUGCUACAAACGCCCUUUUGGGAACUUACAGGGAUCCUCAGCUGCAGACCCAGGGAAUCCCUCCCAGUGCAGCCCAAGUCAAUCCCUGAUCCUUACUUGAAAAGUGACUGUCACCGCUUCAUGUCUUCCAGUGUCAGCAGGAAUGUUGUGGCCAUGGCAUUUUGCUAUAGGCUUAGUUUGUCAGACCUGUCACUGAUUAUUCAUUGUGGUGACAGAUACCCUAAUUUCCCCCCAAGGCACAGCCUCAAGUUUGUUUUGAGGUAAUUCAGUGUGUGCCUGCCCAAGUCUUAGGUGGACUAUUGAGUAAGCUUGUGGUAUAUGUCACUCCUCUCUUUGGGCAUCACUCGCUAUCUUACAUACACACACACACACACACCGUAUCUCAUCUGGCUCAGGUUUUUAAAAAUUACAAAGAUAAGUAAUAAUCUGUUUUACCAGUUGGAAUGAAUUGCAAGUAAAGUUGUUUGAGCUAUUGGAUCUAGCUCUAUUGGUUUGGAUUUGUUACAGCAAAUCCACAUAAUUCAACAUGUUUAUGUAUUUAUUUACUUUUGUGUGGCAACAGAUUAACAAAAAUGAUGCAAUCAUAAUUGUAUAAAGUGAAGUAAAGAAGAAAAGUGACAUGAAUAUAUUUUGCAAAUGUCACGAUAACUAAAUAAACAAGUAUGAUUGAGUUUAUUAUUUUAUUUUGAAAAUGGGCAUUCUUUACUGUUUCCAGAGCUCUUUAUGUAUUUUAGUGUCCUCUCCUCCCAAGUAAGGUGAUAUUUUGGUCCUACUGUUGAUAGAGGUUAUGUUUAAGUACAACCAAUCAGGCCCUAAGUGCAAAAAAAGUUCUGUCUUGGUGCUUAUUCUUGGUAUAAUUAUUAUUUUUGCUUUCCUGUCUUUGCUCUUAAGCACAUAAAUCUGUUUCUAGCUUUAUGGUAAUGGAAUAUUUCUAGUCGCUUAUUGACAAAAUUUUUUUACAUUGUAUAAGAUUGUUUUCAGGGUUAAAUGAUUGAUACUCAUAUAUAUAUUAAACUUACUGCAAAAUUAAAAAAUGAUUUUUCUUGAUGUUCUUUUAAAUGUUCUUUAAAAAAAUAUGAAAUUGAUAAACCUCAAAGUCAGAAUAAACCAGUACGGUAAGGGUUUUUUUUAAAGACUUUAUAAUCAAGAAUCAAUUAUAAAUAUAUUUAUGACAUCAAGCUCUUACUAUUUUAGUUAUCUUAAAAGCAUGGGAGGUGGCUUGUGAACCACUUUCUAAAUUCUUGAUGUGAAUUCCACUGUUGACGGAGCAUGUAUGACCAUUUGUGUGGAUGUGCUCUCUUGUUCCCUGUUUGUUGCCAGACUGAUCUGACCAGAACUUGGAUUCAUCAUUCUCAUGCUCAGAUACUUAAUUUGGUUCUCUUUACAGUGCAGUCACAACUUAUAAUGUGGUUAGGUUGUAAGGACUAUGCCUAAGGACAAAAUCAAGGACAUGCUCAAAAUCAUCCUUGGAAAUCUUUUAAAUUGCCAAUAAAGUUUAAUACACAUAGUCUUGUGAUGAUAUCCUUUGUAGAGUGAUAUGUGGGUAUGAUUAUAUUAUGAAUAUAGUAAGUACAAUACAUAAUAAAAACUAUCAACAGUAGACUUUUAAUAGCAUUA